CAUUAGAAUACUGAACUGAGUGCAGAACUGUCUUACAUCCUGCCAUCUGCAGUCUUCCAGAAAAGAACAGGUCUCUUUUCAACCUCCUGUUUAAUGAGCAAUAUUCCUCCUGAACUGAAGAAUAAAUGGGAUCUGAAAUGAAUUUAAUAGGACAUCAUCAGCUAGCCACUGCUGAUGGAUUUCCUCUUGCUGAAGGUCCUCAUUUGUUUGGUGUCCUUUCAGAACCAAUGAGUUCUCCAGUUCAAGAGCCAGAUGUGUCACCUUAUGCACAGUACAACAAUGUGCCAUUUCCCCAAGUUCAGCCUCAGAUCUCAUCGCCACCUUAUUACUCCAACCUAGGCUUCUACCCUCCACAGCAUGAGGAAUGGUACUCCCCCGGGAUGUAUGAACUCAGGAGGUUACCCUCAGAGACCUUUUUCACAAGAGAGACAGAGAUAAUGGAUAUCCCUGCAGCCAAAAAGCCUAGACUGGGUCACUCCACAGGAAGAGUGAAAGGAGAGGAGCUCUGUGUGGUCUGCGGUGACAAAGCCUCUGGGUAUCACUAUAAUGCCCUUACUUGUGAAGGAUGCAAAGGAUUCUUCAGAAGAAGCAUCACAAAAAAUGCAGUAUAUAAGUGUAAAAAUGGAGGCAACUGUGAGAUGGACAUGUACAUGAGAAGAAAAUGCCAGGAGUGCCGUCUAAGGAAAUGCAAGCAGAUGGGCAUGUUGGCUGAAUGUAUGUAUACAGGUCUCUUAACAGAAAUACAGUGCAAGUCAAAAAGGCUACGGAAAAAUGUGAAGCAGCCCCCAGAUCAGACAGUCAGUGAAGACAACGAAGGCCAUGAUGUGAAACAAGUAACUUCUACAACUAAAAUAUAUAGGGAGAAGGUAGAACUUACCCCAGAGCAGCAGAAACUUCUUGAUUAUAUUAUGGAUUCAUACAGUAAACAACAAAUACCCCAGGAGGUGUCAAAAAAACUACUGAACGAGGAAUUCAGUGCUGAAGGAAAUUUUCUGAUUUUAACAGAAAUGGCAACCAGUCAUGUGCAGGUUCUUGUGGAAUUCACUAAAAAACUACCAGGCUUCCAAACCCUUGAUCAUGAAGACCAGAUUGCUUUGCUGAAGGGCUCAGCAGUAGAAGCCAUGUUCCUCCGUUCAGCUGAGAUCUUCAGCAGGAAACUUCCUACAGGACACACUGUCCUUCUAGAAGAAAGGAUUCGCAAUAGUGGUAUCUCAGAUGAAUUCAUAACUCCCAUGUUUAAUUUUUAUAAAAGCAUUGGAGAGCUGAAGAUGACACAAGAAGAAUAUGCACUGCUCACAGCCAUAGUUAUCCUGUCUCCAGAUCGACAAUACAUAAAGGGCAGAGAUUCUGUGGAAAGGCUUCAAGAACCACUGCUGGAUAUUCUACAAAAAGUCUGCAAACUUCACCACCCAGAUAACCCUCAACACUUUGCAUGUCUUCUGGGUCGUCUCACAGAAUUACGGACAUUUAACCAUCAUCACGCAGAGAUGCUGAUGUCAUGGAGAGUGAAUGAUCACAAAUUCACACCUCUUCUCUGUGAGAUCUGGGAUGUGCAGUGAUGGAUACUUCUUUAUUUUAUUUUAGGAGAAAUAUCUUUUUAAGGACCACACAGCACUUAUUUUCAUAGAAAAGUGCCCACAGUGCAUUAUAUUUUCUUUACUGCAUUUUUAUAGAAACAUUAUGAAUCCAUGGAUUCAUAAAAGUCAUUUUGUCCACUAUACACAAAAUAUUGUAUAGCUAUCAGAUCCUCACACGUGAGUAUAACUUUUUCUAUAUUUAUACCCUCUGACCAGAAAGAGCCCACCAGCUCUUUAGAGGAAUCCAAUUAAUUCCUGCUGCAAUUAAGCUGAUUGCAGUAACUGUUCCUCUGUAAAGAAAUGGGGAAAUGCAAGUUUCCAUUGAUAUUUUUUCAUUGCAGCGUUUUUUUGUUCUUUACAUCUGACAAAGAAUAUAUUCCAGAUGGUUACAGUAAUAAACCAGCUGAAAUGGUUCAUGUCAUAGUCAUUUGUUGUUCAACUCCAAAACGUGUUCAUGUUAAGGUGUGCAAGAUGUUAUUUCUUCACAAGAUGAAAAAUUAUGUAAUGGAGAAAAACCACAUACACACAAAAACUCUUUUAAUAAUAUAACAUGUAACUUCAAUUGCAUUAUUAUUUCGAAGUAAAAAUUAUAGAGUAUCUUUA